AUGGAGGCUUUGUUGAAGAAGAAAGAUGAUUGGACUGUGAGUGAGUUGAGUAGUUAUAAUAGUGGUGAGUCUAAAGAGAGUAGUAGUAGUAGUAGUAGUUCCAGUGAGUCAAGUUCAGGGGAUUUGGUUGACAAAGUUAAGGUUAAUAAUAAGGCUAGAGGGUCAGGGUCUGCUUCAGCUUCACCUCCUCUUCUUUUGGGUUGGCCUAUAAUGACAGCUAUUCCUCCUUCUCCUCCUCCUAUAGUGUCCAAGAAUUCAUAUGUUUCUAAUGGAAAUGGAAAUGAAGACAAGAUCAGUAAUGACGAAGACAAAUUUAAAAAUCUGGUUUCAAAGAUUAAUGAGAUCGAUAUGAUGAAGGAAAGAUUUGCAAAAUUGUUGCUAGGUGAAGACAUGUCAGGGUCAGGAAAAGGGGUUUGCACAGCUUUGGCUAUUUCAAAUGCUAUUACCAAUCUCUGUGCUACUAUAUUUGGGCAAUUAUGGAGAUUAGAGCCUAUACCUGAGGAAAAGAAAUCCAUUUGGAAAAGAGAGAUGGAGUGGCUUGUUUGCGUUGGUGACCACAUUGUUGAGUUGAUACCUUCUUGGCAAAAUUUUCCAGAUGGAAGUAAGCUUGAGGUCAUGACUUGCAGGCCUAGAUCAGAUAUUUUCAUCAAUCUCCCCGCCCUGCGUAAACUAGAUAAUAUGCUUCUGGAUAUAUUAGAUAAUUUCACCAACACAGACUUUUGGUAUGUGGACCAAGGCAUUAUAGCCCCAGAUGCUGAUGGGUCAGUCUCCUUUCGGAAGACACUGCAACGUCAGGAGGACAAGUGGUGGCUACCUGUGCCCCGUGUGCCUACAAGCGGUCUAAGUGAUAAUUCAAGAAAGCAAUUGAAUCACACGCGUGAGUGCACAAAUCAAAUAUUGAAAGCUGCUAUGGCCAUCAACAGCAUUUCAUUAUCAGAAAUGGAAGUUCCAGACUCAUACUUGGACACUCUUCCAAAGAAUGGAAGAGCUUGUCUAGGAGGCCUAAUUUAUAGGUAUGUUACAUCUGAUCAAUUCUCAGAAGAGUGCCUGCUUGAUUUCCUUGAUCUAUCCUCUGAACAUGUUGCUCUUGAGAUUGCAAACCGUGUCGAAGCCUCAAUAUAUGUGUGGCGUCGAAGAUCUUACUUGAAGCCCCCAAUCAAUCCAAGCCGAUCUACUACAAAAUCGUCAUGGGAAAUGGUAAAAGACCUAAUGGUUGAUGGAGACAGGAGAGAAUUUCUAACAGAAAGAGCUGAAAGUCUACUGCUUUGCUUGAAGCAGCGAUUUCCUGGUUUGACUCAAACUGCUUUGGAUACCAGCAAAAUCCAGUGCAACAAGGAUAUUGGCAAGUCCAUCCUUGAAAGCUAUUCGAGAGUUCUUGAAAGCCUGGCAUAUAACAUUGUGGCACGCAUUGAUGAUGUAUUAUAUGUAGAUGACUUAACCAAACAUUCGGAAAAGUUGUCAUCGAUUCCUACAGUUAGUGCAAUUGCACACAAAAAGGUUUCAAUCCCAUAUUCGGUGCCUGUCUCGAGCACUCUGUACAAAACAGCAAUCACGACAUCAAGCUUUUCACCUGCACCGCUGAUCAGCCCUGCAAGGGGAGAGAAAACUCCUUUUCUCAAGGAGAACAACAACAGCAAGCCUCACCGCCGUGGCUUUGGAGUGAAGAGGAUCUUGACUAAUUAUCUUGGAGUUGAUUCAAAAGCAAAGAUAUGUGGCAAUCCAAUUGAUGGUUCAUCAGUUCUGAACUCUAACAGUAUAGAGAGCUCACGGAAUCAAAAGGAUCAAGUUACAUUAAAACAAUCAUCAGCAUACCAGAAUGUGAUCAGAGCACGCCAAAAUCCUCUGCGAUACACUGUCACAUGAGAUUUUGCUUGGAAUAAUUAAUGACAGAAAACUUCUGGUUGUA